AUGUCAGCGAACUCAACGACCACUGAAGACGCUGUAUUUGAAUCUGACGUAGUAAAUUCCACUGAAGUUGACCCAAUUGAUCAGGAGCCCGCUGAAGGUGAUCAAUCUGAAGGUGAAGCUAGUGAACCAGCUAUAGACGAGAACGAGGUGGUGGAAAUCGACCAAGACGAGUCGGAAAAUGACGAUUCUGACCUAGAUGAAAUAGAGGAGGCAGACUUGGAGAGCUCUGAUGAUGAGGUUUCUGACUUAGACGAACCCCCAACUUUCGGAGAAUUAUAUGGACAAUUAUUUAAGGGUGACCCAUAUAAUUCUACAAACAAUGACUAUACUGAAGAGGAGGCUGACACAGAAGAACUAAAAGAAGAGAAGUUAAAAAAAAUCGUAAAUUACAUAGACAAGUGUAACAGUGACCAGCAUUUCAUAGUGAAGAUGCACACAAAGUCAAUAUAUGACUUAGAGCCACUGCCGGAAGAACCGUCGGCGUUUCAAUUGGGACGGUUCACUGACAAACUGGUGUUGCACGUGUGGGUGUUACAGAUGCUAGACCCGCAAGACGUGGACCGAUGGAGUGGAUUAUUAGUUCACUUAAUUUCCAACAAGCUGGACCCGACGACCAGGAGUUUUUGGAACACAUUUGCCUGGAAUUACAAGAUUUCUGAACAUGGCAAAAAUGUCACCAUGUCUGCGAUGUUGGAGUUUUUGCGAUACACUUGUCGCGAAUACGAGAUCCGAGGGCCAUCCAGAUCCUUUGGUUGUAAAACUUGUAUAUUUUAUAAUAAUUUAAACCCAAAGGUGGAUACUCCAAAGUCAACUCUAUGUUGA